AUGGAUGAAGAGCGAAAGAACGAACUUUACAAGCUCAACUUGAGCGCCUGGAAUGAUGAGCUUGAAGAUAGUCCAACAAACUUGGAUACAAGUUUGAAGAAAAACAAUGCCUUCAUCAAGAAAUUGAAAACUUCUAUUAAUAAGGAUAACCAGGAUUCAGUGUUGAAAGAUAUCAAGACAUUAUCAUUAACCAAAUAUUUGUCUGAAAUCAUCAUUUCAUCUCAAGAGGGUUUAUUGAAAUGUACCAAGUCUGUUGAUGUCCCUCCAGCCGUUGAAAUAAUCAGUGCUCUACAUCAAAGAUUCAACAAAGAGUUUACUCCUCAAUUAUUAGGAUGGAUGUUGUCCAAUAUUGGAUCUCCAAAGGCUGAAUUAGAUGAAAAAGAAGAGAAAGAACGUAUUUCAAAAGUUAAGACACUUAUACGUUUACUAGUGGAGUUUGAAUCUGUCGGUAUCUUUGAUUCAUAUAAAUAUGUUGAUCCCCUUCCAACAUUUUUAAUUGCAAGAGCUCAGAAAAAAGAAUCACUUACUUUAGCUAUUUUGAAAGAAUCUUUAAGUUAUAAAAUGAAGGUUGGUCUUACAGUUUCAAUAGCAACAUCAUUUGUUAAAAGAUUCCCAACGCUUGUUGAAACUAAUGAAGAAAUUAACUCAACUUUAAAAUCAUACUCUGAAGUUAUUGUUCAUAGAACUAAAGAUCUACACAAUUUCUUGAAUAAUUUGAAAAAUAAGAGAUAUAAAGCUCAAAUUAGAACUGGUAGAACAGUUGAAGAAAUGGAGGUUGAAAUUCAAAAGGCUACUGAUAUUUUUGAUAGAUUCAAAGCUGCAAUCGAAGUAUUGGUCCCAACGUUUGGUUUAACUGCACCAUCAUUUGAAGAAGAAGAUAAAAAAUCAAGUGCCGUGGAAUCUGUUAUUGUCAACAAAGAUUCAGGUAUUUGGUCUAAUGAUGAAGAUCGUAGAUUUUACCAAGUGUUCCCAGAAAUCCCACAAGAAUUGAUUGAUCAAGCCACCCAAGAAUCUGAUAGUACUAAAGGUAAAGAAAUGAAUGAUUUUUUGGUUCAAUUAGAAACUGCAAGUACUAUAAAAGAUAUAGAUGAUGCUGCUUUAGAAUUCUGGAAACAAGGAUUGGUUAGUAAAGCUUCUAAAAACAGAUUAUUCAAGCAAUUCACCAUUAGUAAAGAUAUUGGAAGAGCUAAAGUUUAUGCAAGGUUUUUGAAAACUUGUGAACCUCAUUUAGAUGAUUUGAAAGAUCAAUUAUUACAAUAUUUGGACCAAGGUUUCAGAUCACAAAUUUAUCAUAAUGGUUUAAAUUUUAAAAAUAUAAUGUUCUUCUGUGAGAUGAUAAAGUUUGGUCUCAUUCCAGAACAUGUUGUUUUCCACAAGAUCAGAAGUUUGAUUUUGAAUUUAACAACACCAAAUAAUAUUGAGAUUCUAAGUAUUUUCUUUGAAAUUAGUGGGAAAUAUUUGUUAUCAGAACAUGAAAAAUUAAUGGAGGAAAUGCUAGAAUUAUUACAAGCAAAAAGGAAAAAUGACAAAUUAACAAUCAAUAACAAAAUGGCCAUUUCAAAUUUGUUUUUAGUCCUAAGACCACCAUCAAUCAAAUCUAUUCAAAGUAAAAGCAAAACCUUGAAACCCCAACAAGCUUUUUUGAAAACUUUAAUAAGAAGUGAAUUAAAAGAAUCAACUAUUAAACAAAUUUCCGUUAUUAUAAGGAAUGCUGAUUUUGAUGAUGUUGAUAAUUUGGAAACAUUAAGAUCGUUAUUCACCAAACCAGAGAAGAUAAAUUAUGAAAACAUUCCUGCUUUAUCUCACGUCUUGAGGAAUCUAAGACCUGAUUUCAAGAUCUAUGUUGUUGACACCAUUUUGGAACAAAUUAUCAGAGGAUUAGAGAUCAAUGAUUAUAGAUACAAUAGAAUUAGAGUUGCUCAUUGUAAAUACAUUUCAGAAAUCCAUGAAAGAAAAAUUAUAAGUAUAGGGUUGAUUCAUGAUUUAUUAUACAAGAUUGUUACAUUUGGUCAUCAGUAUAAUAAUCCAGCUCCAAAUAGAUAUUGUGAAUUAGAUCCUCCAGAUGAUUAUUUCAGAGUUCAUAUGGUUUGCACAAUUUUACAAAAUAUUGAAUUAAGGAAAAAAGAUAUUAGUGCAAAGAUUACAAUCUUUUUGAAAUAUUUUGAUUAUUAUAUUUAUACUAAAGAGGCGCCAUUACCAAAAGAUUGUGAAUUUAAAGUGGUUAAUACUUUUGAACAAGUUAAAUUUGAAAGAGCUGUUGAUUUGAAACAAGCUGUUGAGAGAAUGAAUGAGAUUAUAAAAGCUAAAGGCGGUCCACAAGCUGAUGAAGCUGAGGAGGAUGAGGAUGAUGAAGAAGAUGCUGAUGAUAUUGAAGAAUAUGAUGAAGAUGAAGAUGAACAAGUUGAUGACCAAUUGAAUAGUGAUGAUUUGUUAAACCCUGAAACUGGUGCUACUGAUGAUGACGAGUCCACCCAAUUAAGUUAUGAGGCUUAUGAACGUAAAUUACAAGAGGAAGAAGAACGUAAGAUUGAAGAAGCAUUAGAAAGGGAAUUCAAAAGAAUGGUCUUCGAAAGUAUGAAUUCAACAAAGACAAGCAAGACUGUCUUGGAAUUACCUCAAAAUAUUAAAGGUAACAAAGCUGAAGACUUGGUUGCUCAAGAGAAAAUAUCAUCCAAACCAACAGGAGGCAAGAUUCCAUUCACAUUAGUUACAAAGAAUGGUAAAUCUAUUGCCACGAAAAAUCUUGAGUUGCCAACAAAUAUCAAAUUUGCUAGUAAUGUCGUUGAAGAGGAAAGACGCAGAAAGAAUCAAAAGGAACAAAUUAACAAAUAUAUCCUACAAGCUAAAUUUGAUGAUGACGAUUAG